AUGGACAGCCAAGAGCUCAUCAAAGACAGAUCUAUCACGAAACAGACUGACAGAGCUGCCAGUGGAGGUGUGCAUGUUUGUGUCGCUGGAGAGUUUGAACCUCCUUCAGACGAGUUGUCAGACUUGCCUUUAAGAGUGGCGGAAAUCACCAGAGAGCAAAGACAGAGACGAGAUCGAGAAAGAGAACGUGAGGAUCAUCGGACGGGGUCUCACGUAACCAAUGGCGCAUUGGAAGCAGAGCUUGAACAGAUAGACUUCAUUGAUAGCUGUACGGGGGAUGAUGAUGAUGAGGAUGGGCGGAGCCGUAAAAGGGCGGAGCCUGUCAGCCUCAGCUCACAGUUUAUGGCCUACAUUGAAAGACGAAUCACCAGAGAGGGGUCACCCGUGAAGACCAGCCCAUCCAGAGACUUAAGAACUGAUGAUCCAAGACGCCAAAUCUCCUUACAUAACCGGUACUAAACUAAUUAAACUUUCAUGAUAAGUACGAUGUAUAAUAUACAUUUGCACUCCACCAUAAGCAAUAAUGAUCUU